CGAUAUUGCAGUAAAGUAGUUUAUUUUUUUAGUUUUUAGUUUUUGGUCAGAAUAACAAAUUUUUCUUCAGCUACAACUCCACGACGCGCAACAAGUGUUCUCUGUUUCCCGCAAGAUUAAAAUCUGCAUUAGAUCCAACCUCGCAUCAAAAUCUCUUCAAUUUCACCCCCAAACAUUUACACACGUGAACUCGCAUUCGCGCGAUCUCGAUCCAGACGCAGCGUUUCACCUUCCCGCGAGCUCUUUUCCCGAAUCAGUUUCUCUUUACUUUGCAAAGAGAACUUCAAUUCCGCGGGUCUAGGGUUUCAGAUCUCGCUCUCGCGGAGGUGGUUAUGCUAUUGUAGAGUUGCAAUUUGAAGAUUUAGGGUCUGGAAAAUGCAUGCGAAAGCGGCACAAUCGUCUUUUAGGGAUCGGACGCAGGAGUUUCAGAGUGUAGCAGAGAGGCUAAAAAAGUCGUUCUCAUCAGGACUAGGGUCGGGGCAGAAUGGGCCAAGUAGUGGAUCGAAAUCGAAAUUCGAGGAACAACGUUCCGUGGUUGCGGUUCAGUCCGAGUUCAAUAAGAGGGCUUCCAAAAUCGGGUACGGGAUACACCAGACAUCGCAGAAGCUUGGAAAGCUGACAAAGUUGGCAAAGAGGACUUCUGUGUUUGAUGACCCUACCAGGGAAAUUCAGGAGCUGACAGCAGUUAUCAAGCAGGAUAUUACUGCACUUAACUCUGCAGUGGUAGACCUUCAGCUUCUGUCCAACUCCAGAAAUGACAGUGGGAAUAUUUCUAGUGACACGACUAGUCAUUCAACCACAGUUGUUGAUGACUUGAAAAAUCGGCUUAUGAGCGCUACAAAAGAGUUUAAAGAAGUCCUCACCAUGCGGACUGAGAAUAUGAAGGUUCAUGAGAAUAGAAGACAAUUGUUUUCUGCGUCUGCAUCUAAGGAUGCUGCAAAUCCUUUUGUUCGUCAGCGUCCACUGGCUGCCAGGUCAGCUGCUAGUUCUUCAAGUGCCUCGCCUCCUCCAUGGGCUAAUGGAUCACCAUCUUCAUCACAGUUGUUCCCCAAGAAGCAGACGGAUGGGGAGAGUCAGCCAUUGCUCCAGCAGCAACAGCAACAACAGGAGAUGGUUCCGUUGCAAGAUAGUUACAUGCAGAGCAGAGCUGAAGCUUUGCAAAAUGUUGAGUCCACUAUUCAUGAGCUAAGCAAUAUUUUCAACCAGCUGGCAACCUUGGUGUCUCAGCAAGGGGAGAUUGCCAUCAGGAUUGAUGAGAACAUGGAUGACACAUUGGCGAACGUGGAGGGCGCACAAGGGGCACUGCUCAAGUAUCUGAAUAGCAUAUCAUCUAAUAGGUGGCUGAUGAUCAAGAUAUUCUUUGUACUAAUUUUUUUCCUCAUGGUUUUCCUAUUUUUUGUGGCAUAGUCAUUGCAAAGACAUUAAAAAGAAGGAAGAAAAUGACAAUGCUUUUUAGUAUUUUUACUGUCGAUAGGCCCUUUCCAUUCUUUUCGUAUCCUCUUUUUGCUUGAUCGGAUGUUCACGCGGGCAUAAACGAGAUAAGUACCUGAUUUUCCGUAUUGUAAUAUAUAUAUGUACGGGAUACAUGUAAUUGUAAAAUUUGUUGAGAUCAAUGUGACUGGCAAAAACUAUUCAAUUA